ACCGUAAAGCUACAAGAAGAAGAAGAAACUCCAAAAACCACGGAAGUAGACGUGAUGAACUGUUUUGCUUGUUUUUUAUUCCAGAGAACAUCUGUUAUAAUUUCUGUAAUGACAGAACAGGACGAAUUAUCGAUGUAUUUAAAAUAUGCUAAAGAUGCAUCUAGAUCAAGCACACAUCUUCAACCAGUCUUUGUUAAUUCGCUGAGGAUUCAGUCUCAUAUGUUAACAGCUAACCAUUGACUGUGAGUGUUUUCACGUUUUAGGUGUCAUUCGUGUAAAUGAUACUCAGUGUUAAUGUACUUUCAUAAUUAAUUUAUUUCGUUCGUCAAUUAAAACAAAUCUUUAUUGUCACAUCACCGUAGCCUGAAAUGGAUAUUUAGCAGCAGUUACCGUGCUGUAGUAAAGUUUUCAACCACAAUAUACUGCACUCUCUAUAUAAUAUGACUGUUUUGUGCAGAGGUUCAUCCCUGCUUUUGAAGAACAGAGCACUGAAGACUUCACCUCACCAUGGGCCACAGGAAGAGAGGUCACACACAUUCACCUAAAACCCCUUCAUCUUUGGACCCGUCCCGGCCCACUGAUCGCGAGCAGGGCAUGAAGCACAGGAUAUGUAUGGUGUCAGACUUCUUCUACCCAAACAUGGGUGGUGUGGAGAGUCACAUCUACCAGCUCUCGCAGUGCCUCAUAGAGAAGGGCCACAAGGUUGUCAUAGCAACUCAUGCAUAUGAAGACCGCCGUGGGAUUCGCUACCUGACCAACGGCCUCAAGGUGUAUUACCUACCCCUGCAGGUCAUGUAUAAUCAGUCCACGGCGACCACCUGCUUUCACAGUUUGCCGUUGCUCCGGUGUGUGUUUGUGCGUGAACGCAUCACGAUCGUGCACGCCCACAGCUCCUUCUCCGCGAUGGCCCAUGAUGCUCUGUUCCAUGCCAAGACUAUGGGUCUCAACACUGUAUUCACUGAUCACUCUCUCUUUGGAUUUGCGGACCUGAGCUCUGUACUGACCAACAAGCUGCUGACUGUCUCUCUGUGCGACACCAAUCACAUUGUGUGCGUGUCGUACACUAGUAAAGAGAACACUGUGCUGCGAGCCGCUCUCGACCCUGAAAUCGUCUCCGUCAUCCCUAACGCUGUCGACCCCACUGACUUUACCCCUGACCCCUGUCGCCGUGACAACAGCAAGAUUACCAUUGUUGUUAUCAGUCGACUGGUUUACAGGAAAGGGAUUGAUUUACUAAGUGGAAUCAUUCCUGAAUUAUGUGGAAAGCAUCCAGAUCUUUGUUUUCUGAUUGGUGGAGAGGGACCCAAAAGAAUCAUACUGGAAGAGGUUCGAGAAAAAUAUCAGCUUCAUGACCGGGUUCGUCUGCUGGGAGCUCUGGAUCAUAAAGAUGUGAGAGAUGUCCUAGUUCAGGGUCAUAUCUUUCUCAACACUUCUCUCACUGAGGCCUUCUGUAUGGCCAUAGUGGAGGGAGCCAGCUGUGGGCUGCAGGUGGUGAGCACCCGUGUUGGAGGUAUACCUGAGGUCCUGCCUGAUGAGUUGGUGACUCUGUGUGAACCAUCGGUCCGUUCGCUUUGCGAUGGCUUGGAAACCGUUAUUGCUAGAAUACGCACAGGAAACGUGGCGUCUCCUGCCACCAUCCACCGCAGGGUCCGAACACUGUACACUUGGAGAAACGUCGCUGAGCGCACCGAAAAGGUGUAUAAUCGUGUGUGCAGGGAACCCGUUUUGCCGUUGUCUGAGCGCCUGCACAGACUCCGCUCUCACUGUGGUGCUGUGGCAGGCUCCAUUUUCUCCUUCGUUGCUGUUAUUACUUUCCUCUUCCUGCUUCUCCUGCAGUGGCUCCGCCCAGAUCAUCUGAUCGACGUCGCUAUAGACUCAUCAGGUCCCCACAGCCGCAUGGGGCAGCAGCUUAGUAAGAAGAAAAGUAAAACACAAACCUGACCGUGUACUGACUAAUGAUCUAACACCACCUCACUUUACUCUCACGAUGGACUUCAGAAGGGGAAGGAAGCAAGUAAUGAACUAAAUUAAAUCUCUUGUACCAUACUAGUGUACUAUGGUGCAUCAAAACAUGUACUGACUACUGUUUACAUUCCUGUAUAAAACUGAUCUCAGGUGAAGAGAGAGCUUUUAAAAGCUGUCCUCAGACACUCCUAUAGUCCAGCCGCAUGCUUUUGCGCAUUGAAAAGCUGCCUUUAACACAACCCCCGUCAGAAAAUAGUCUUAACUUGGUGAAAUUAUUUCACAAAUAUGUUUUAAUGUCUAGAUUUAAGAUAGUUGAUAAACAGUGCCAGCUUUUCCUGUAUCACCUUCACAUUUUUUUCUAACAGCAAAUCUCUACGGUGUAGAUGUGGUUUAAAUUGAACUGAAAGCUUUUAUGCCAAAUACAGUUUUUGAGUUCUAGUGGAGCUAUAAAAUGUAAAAUGCAUCAUAUCUGUUCAUUUUUUUUUGAUCUGACAGCACUUGUUUUUCUUUAAACCACUUCUUAUUUAAAUUGAUUUUGAAUAAAUGCAUUUAUUUAAACCCAAACAUGAAACUCAAACGGGACACUUGAUUUUGGGCACUGUAUUUCUUUGCCUGUUUUAUAAUGACCUUCUCUGUGAGUAUUGUGAACGUGAUUAUAAUGCACAAAAGUUCAUAUUACCUGAAAAGGGAGUGGGUUUGAAUUAUUUUUGUUGACACCGUGUACA